GCGGAAGUGGCUGCGGAGCGUCAGAUAGGCGGUCCGGCGCGGAGAUAGGUUUUUCUCUGUAUGUGUGAUGCCGAGUUCCGCCAUGAAGAAAAAGGUUCUGUUGAUGGGAAAGAGUGGGUCUGGAAAGACCAGCAUGAGAUCUAUCAUCUUCGCCAAUUAUAUUGCUCGCGACACUCGGCGGCUGGGGGCCACAAUCGAUGUGGAGCACUCUCACGUGCGCUUCUUGGGCAACUUGGUCCUCAACCUGUGGGACUGUGGUGGGCAGGACACCUUUAUGGAAAACUACUUCACCAGUCAGCGGGACAACAUCUUCCGCAACGUGGAGGUCCUUAUCUAUGUGUUUGAUGUGGAGAGCAGAGAGCUGGAGAAGGACAUGCACUACUAUCAAUCCUGCCUAGAGGCUAUCCUGCAGAACUCACCCGAUGCCAAAGUCUUCUGCUUGGUGCACAAGAUGGACCUGGUGCAGGAAGAUCAGCGGGACCUUAUAUUUAAAGAGCGGGAGGAGGAUCUCCGGCGCCUGUCCCGGCCUUUGGACUGUGCUUGCUUUAGGACUUCUAUCUGGGAUGAAACUCUGUACAAGGCGUGGUCCAGUAUAGUCUACCAGCUCAUUCCCAACGUACAGCAGCUGGAGUCCAACCUGCGGAACUUUGCUCAGAUUAUUGAGGCCGACGAGGUGCUGCUGUUCGAGAGAGCAACGUUUCUGGUCAUUUCCCAUUACCAAUGCAAGGAACAGCGGGACAUCCACCGAUUUGAAAAGAUCAGCAAUAUAAUAAAACAAUUCAAGCUAAGCUGCAGUAAACUGGCCGCCUCCUUUCAGAGCAUGGAGGUGCGAAAUUCCAACUUCGCCGCCUUCAUUGACAUCUUUACCUCUAACACCUACGUGAUGGUCGUGAUGUCGGACCCCUCAAUCCCCUCGGCGGCGACUCUUAUCAAUAUCCGCAACGCCAGGAAGCACUUUGAGAAGCUGGAGCGCGUCGACGGCCCCAAACACAGCCUGCUCAUGCGUUGAGCCGCCAUUGGGAACAGUUUAAUUCUGUUGGAGCCGAGCUCGGUUUCUCCACCCAUCCUUCCUUUGAGCAGUCUCCUGGAGUAGCCCUCUUUGUUACAUAAAGGCUUCUUCAGGAGCAGCCAUUCUCCUUGGGAUCACUACUCGCUGCAGCCUCACUGUGCAAUUCAUGUACUGUUACACAGUUUAUCUGCCGAGGCUGAACCUUCCCGCUGUCAGACUCACUGGCUUCCCUCAUUCAUUGCAUUAUUUGUGCUUUGCUGCUCUGAGCCCCUUCCCACUGACUGAACUGCCUCAUUGCUAGUGCACAUACAAAGAGAGGAAACGUUCUCUCAAGGUUCAAUUCCCCCCUUAGUCCCCCAACUUUAAGUUCAUUGGACAGUUGGCUUGCCCUUUAGUUGUGGAUGAAUUGAAUCUUGCUGUGGUUUAUAGUGUUAGGUUAACAUCCUUCUGUUAAUGAGUACGAGGCUCUACAUUCAGUGUAUUGUAAGCUUUGGAAUAAAAUAUUUAUACCUAA